AUGCCUCCAAAAAAGAAGACCAGAAGCAACAACAUGACUUCCCAAGAUAGGUCAAGCCAUGGUGAUUCGGAAUCAAGGCAGAAUGCCACAUCUAGAGAAGAAGAACGUGCAAGUGAGGGAGCUUUUACCCUCUCAAACCUUGUUGCAGCCAUCCAUGCUAUGGGGGAAACCCAGAGGGAGAUGGCAAACACAAUCAAGGAGCUGAAAAGUUCAGUUGCUAAGCGAAGCAAAGAAAACGAGAGACUUCCACAAGAGUCUGUUGCUGCUGGAAAUAGGUCUAAACAAAAGGGACCAUAUUUUGUCACCCAAGAAGAUGUCAUUGCCAUGCUGGAAAAGGAACUGAGUCAAAGCCAAGAAGAUUGGAAGUACCUUCCUUAG